GCAUGAUCAAGCGCUUUCUUCAAAGCUUGAUAACCUUGAGGUGUGUUGUCUCUUUCCCCAUUUUCCUUCCGUCAUUAUAUAAAGUUAUUCAAACUAUAACUCGCAACCGAGUGAAAAUAGACGAACGCUUAUGAUUUAUUAAUGCUCUGUAGGUUUUCAAAAAUUUUAUCCAAAUAAAUUUCGCCUCAUAACCGCCCUGGAUUACAGGAAAGACGGAAAUGCAAAUUCGUGAUAUUUCUAUCUGCUCUCAAAUCAGGAGGAUUGUUUAUGGAUUUAUGACUGUUAUUCUCGCACUGGUGUGUGAUAUUUUAACGAACAAACAAAAAAGUCACGGAUCAAUAAGUAAACAACGUGCAUUAGAUGAACUACGUGCGAUUCGUGAGAGUGGUCUUCGAGAAAACGAGAAAGUUAUUGACCUAUGGAAGUUAUCCCUUUGUGAUCAUAUAGACAAGCUGGGUUAUGAAAAGUACUCGAUUUUGGAACAGGUGUUCAUCGCCGCUCUAGAUAUGGGAGAUGAUGAUUUAGCUUGUGAAUGUCUUGAUCGUCUUUUGGCAAAAUUUCGUAAUAGUUGUCGUGUUAAUCGUCUUUUUGGUAUGUACUUAGAAAGUAAAGGAAACUUCGAAGAUGCUCAGAAUGUGUACUCGAAACUCAUAAAAGAUGAUCCAACUAAUACAUUGGCCCGUAAACGAAUGAUUACAAUUUUAAUAGCCCAACAGAAAAUACCCGAAGCCAUUAAUGAAUUAAGAGAAUACUUAAAAAUUUUUAUGAGCGAUUUUGAAGCGUGGAAUAAAUUAGCUGACCUUUAUCUAUACGAAUGUGACUACAAACACGCUGCGUUUUGUAUGGAAGAAAUGAUUUUGUCUAAUCCUUCUAAUCAUCUCUAUUAUCAACGUUAUGCUGAGAUUAAAUACACCGAAGGUGGAACAGAAAAUUUAGAAUUAGCCAGAGCUUAUUAUAGUCAAGCUUGUCUAUUGUGCCCUAAUAACCUUCGUAGUUUAUACGGACUUCUACUUACAUGCUCCGCUUUAGAUAAUCAUCUAUCAAAAUCAAUUAAGAUGCUACCGUUAACAACAGAGAAUAAACUACACAAUGGACCAUCUGUUGGAAACACUUACUCAAGUCUUAUUGAUGAUAAUCUUGGCAUCAAUGUCAAUCAUCAUAAUAACCAGACUAGUCGAUUAAAUAUCAAUCAAGUAUCACCUAAACAACACCAAGUCAGUAGUUUAAAUACUGUAUCACCAGUUCAGGCAUCAUCACUGUCCAGUACAGAUAAAAAUCGACAGUUAGCUAAAUGGGCAGCUGAACAAAUCCGUUUAAUCUAUAUGUCUGCCAAUACAACUCGUGGUGAUUAUCAUCGUCUUCCGCAACUUGUAUCAAAUCUACUAAAUGUUUCAAUCAACAAUCUACCAAAAAGCAUACUGGACAUAUUAGUAAUCAUAAAGAUAAUCAUACUACUAGUAGUAGUUGUAGUAGUAGUAGUAGUAGUAGUAAUAGUAGUAGUAAUACUAACAAUCCAAACAAUGUUACAAGUUUUGAGGAUACUGUCACUGUUGAUAAUACUAUUAAUCCUAUUGAUAUGCGUGUACAUAAUGAUCAUAGUGAUGAUGUUGAAGAUGAUAGUUGUCAUCGAAUUGUUUGUGAUAAAAAGACCAAAUAAGCAUAUCAACAAAUAGUUAUUCAUCAUUUAAUAUGACAACGAUCUCUUUAUCUCUUACUAUUAUUGUAAUACAUGAAUUACUAUUCAAUGAAGAAUUUAAUUGAAAGCGAAUCUUUCAAUAAUUUCCCUGUUUGUGUUAGUUCCUUUGAAAUAGCAAGACAUUUAAAACAAUUGUGACCUUUGUGUAUAACCUUUGUUCCUCAUGUAUUUGUAUUGAUUUAUGUUUUUCUUUCCUACCCUUCCUCCCUCCCUCUGCCUCUAUUUGCUUAUCCCUCUCUCUCUAUUUACAUCACUUGUUGUAAUAUUUAAGAAAAGAAAAUACAUACAAACAUUCCAUCUAGUAGGCUUGAAAUUGAGUAAAUAGAACGGUCCACUUCUUGAUCGAAUUGUUUUUUAAACAUUUGACCUUCACCAUUUUGUCAUCGAUCUAUGCUUUUUUUUCUUUCUUUUCUUUUUUCCUUACUGUAGUAAUUCUUAGACUGUACUUAAUAUUUCUACUUUGUAAAGUUUGAUCGACUUUAAAAAGAAUACAAAAUGAAUUAUUUCUC